AGUCUCUCUCUCUUUCUCUCUCCUUUGUCACCAUCUCUGUGUUACACUUACUAAUAAGAAACUGAAACUUCAUUUUCCUCUCAUGGGUUUUGGCUAAAUUCCCGGAUUAUUAAUUAAAGCAUCCUCCUUUUUUUGUUAAAAAAUCUUGCUUUGCUCAUUAAGCUCUUAAUUUUCUCCUGCUAAGUUAUUUGGGUUUUUUUUGUGAUGAUUACUAAGUGGGAAACUCUGGGGUUUUGCUUCUUUUGCUGAGCUAGAAUUUGAAGAAAUCUUUGGGAAAUUUAGAAAAAAAUGAGACUUUAUUUAUCUUCAACUAUGCAGCUUUCUCUUGUGAGUCUUGUGUUAGGGUUCCUCUUCGUUUCCUGUGACGCGUUUGCCUCUAAGGAAGUUGAAGCUCUUAGGAGAUUCAAGGAAGCUAUGUAUAAGGACCCUUUGCUAGUUUUGUCUGAUUGGGAUGUCCCCAGUUCCAGUCCUUGUGAUUGGAACGGCAUUUUGUGCUCUCCAUCUAAGGAUCAUAUUGUAAAGAUAAAUAUAUCGAAUACGUCGAUGAGAGGGUUUCUUGUGCCAGAACUUGGUCAGAUAACCUACUUGCGAGAACUGAUCCUGCAUGGGAACAUUCUAAUGGGGACAAUACCAAAAGAGAUAGGAAAUUUGAAGAAACUCAAGAUCUUAGACCUGGGAAACAAUCAUUUGACAGGACACAUUCCAGCAGAGAUAGGGAAAUUGUCAAGCAUUAGGACAAUAAACCUUCAGUCCAAUGGUUUGAUAGGAAAGUUACCUUCAGAGAUUGGAAACUUGAAGUACCUUAAAGAACUUCUUAUUGACAGGAAUAGGCUUCAAGGAAGUAUUCCUAUUUCCACAAAAACUUCAAAGAUCAGGUAUGCUACAAAGCCAAGUGCAAACAUCACAGGUUUGUGUGCGUCUUCCCCAUUGAAAGUGGCAGAUUUCUCUUACAACUUUUUCGAGGGAAGUAUUCCAAGAUGCUUGGAUUACCUUCCAAGAACGAGCUUUCAAGGAAACUGCAUGAAAACCAAGAAAGUUAGGCAGCGGCCAUCUGCAGAAUGUGCUCACUUAACUGCAAGUGUGGCCAAGAAGAAGCAUCGAGCAUCGACACCUAUGUGGCUUCGGAAUUUUGAGAUAGUCACGGGAUCAUCGGUUGGUUUACUCUUUCUAGUUGUAAUGCUCGCUGCAUUUAGCUUGUGCAACAUAAAACGCUCUCUCAUUGUUCCCUGGAAGAAAUCUACAAGUGAAAAGGAAAAGUUCACCGUCUACGUCGAUUCCGAAAUGCUUAAGGAUGUUUCAAGAUUCACAAGACAAGAGCUAGAAGUGGCGUGUGAAGACUUCAGCAACAUCAUUGAUUCUUGUGCAGAGAGUCAGAUUUACAAAGGAACAAUCAAAGCCGGGACUGAGAUCGCGGUGAUCUCUCUCUGCGUUAAAGAAGAAGAUUGGACCGGAUAUCUUGAGCUUAAUUUCCAGAGAGAGGUUGCGAAUUUGGCUAGAUUAAACCAUGAGAAUGUAGGGAAAUUACUAGGAUACUGUAAAGAGAGCACACCGUUUACAAGAAUGCUUGUUUUUGAGUAUGCAUCAAAUGGGACACUAUACGACCAUCUCCACUAUGGGGAAGGGAGUUUAGUAUCGUGGGCAAAGCGCAUGAAAAUCGUUAUAGGCAUCGCACGUGGUCUCAAGUACCUUCAUACUGAACUAGAUCCUCCAUUUACAGUCUCUGAGUUGAGCUCAACUGCAGUGUAUCUCACUGAAUAUUUUACUCCCAAACUGCUUGAUUUCGAAUGCUGGAAGACAAUACAGGUAAGAUCAGAAAAAAACCUGAGGAAUAUCAGUUGUGAAGGAGAUAUAUGUGUACUUCCCAGUGCAAUGGAGCACCGAGAUCUGGAUUUACAAGGGAAUAUUUAUUCAUUCGGCAUACUUUUGCUGGAAAUUGUUAGCGGAAGACCUUCUUAUUGCCAAGAGAGAGGUUGCUUGGUAGAAUGGGCAAGGGAAAAAUACCUUACUGCACCAGAUGUGAUGACUAGCUUGGUGGAUCCUGAGCUCAAGCAUUUCAACCAGAAAGAGCUUGAGGCGGUAUGUGAAGUGGCAAGCCAAUGUCUGAACUUGGACCAGAAGGAAAAAGACGAGGAGAAGCUUUCUUAUUCGAUUCAGGCGCUUUGUGAGACACUAGAGAGUAGAAUCACUGUGUCCAUUUCUGCAGAAUUCAAAUCAUCUUCUUUGGCAUGGGCGGAGCUCGCGCUGGCCUCGCCUUCUAACGAUGACGAAGAUGAAAGGAGUAAAUAAUUUGGUUUUGUAGUUGAGUAAUGACAUUGACAUUAACUUGUUCAGACAUUUGAUGCUCUUUUGCAUUGUUGUUCCUAAAGCCAGAUCACUUCUCUUUGUUUGUAAAUAGCUUACAGGGAGAAUUUGAUAGUAGAGGCCACUCCUUGGAUAAGUAAUCAAGUUAUAGGUUACGAUC